ACCGUUUCCAUGGUUACAUUACUAAAUACCGCAGAGGCCAUUGAUAUUGCUGUCUGUGGGAGAAAUUCGUUGGAACAUUAAUUUUAACUGAAAUAAAUAAAAUGAGCUUAUAUGUCACUCGCACAAUUCCUAAGAAAAAUGAUGCUGACAAAGCUGUUAGGCGGCAGCGGGUUUAUGACUACUUGUAUGAUCCAGUUUAUACAGUGUCAUCGCAGGUAGACCAUGCCAGGUCCAGCGUCAAGGCCUAUGCGGACCGAGCAAGGAGAGUGCCUGAGUUUGGGUCUAUGUUCAGUAACCUGUCCCACCACCCACGGUAUACUGUUCAGCUGGACCCUGUAGACCCAGUACCGGCCUCUAUUGAUCGUCGUUGGCAAGGCUACACGGAACAACGCAGAGAGGCACUGCAGCAGCUGGCUGGGGUUAUUCCAAAUGCUCAGCCAUGGCUGAAAAGGGAGGAGUGCCAUGUGACCGGAGCUGAUCGCUGGAAAUACUUUAAACGCCCUCUGAUUCCCUUUGCACAGCAGGUUCCCCAGGAUGUGAUUUUUGCUUUGCCUAUAGAAGACUUUGUAUCCACUGGUGGAAACAAUGCUGAACAACAGCCCACUCACUUUACUGUGGGGGUCCAGACAGACUACAGGGAAAGUGAAGCACAGACAGACCCGUACAGCCCUGAGUAUGUAGUACAACCUGGGACAAGUCCCUCAGAGCUCCUGCAACUGGCAGCUUUGACUUGGGGUCAUGGUCUGCCUGCAGGCCUGGCAGAAGUGGAAGUGAUUGAGCGGGCACGUGCCAGACGAGCUUGGGAGGCCACCCUUCCUCCAUUGGAUGACCUUAGUCAGCUUGACAAAAGGAGACGUUUGAUGGAGGAGAUGGAGGCCAAAGAGUGGGCUUUCAGAGAAGGAGAAAUCCAGAAGUUGCAAGAGGCUCGUCUCGCUGUGCUGAAGGACCUCUUGAAGCAGAGAGAUGAGGCCCAGAAAGACGUCACAAGCGAGAGACUGAAUCAGAUAUAUUCUAAGCACCAAAAAGACAAGGGGACCAAGCUACACAAGAUUCACAAUGACUACAUCAGGUCAAUGAGAAAACUGGAAGCUAAGAGGAGAAGUGUGGAGGGGAAGCUAGAGCGAUGUGGCAUUGUCAAUACAGUUUCUCAGACAUAUGCCCCUCGGACCCGCAGAGACAUGUUCACCAACAGGAACACUUGCAACAAUCAGUUAAAAAGCCACUACUUAGACACAUAUGAAGGCUUGCUAGAGCUAGAGGCAGGACUCUCUACCUCAGUCCUCAAGCUGCGGGUGAAAAGACCCAAGCCCAAAGUCAGCAUCAUCAAGGAUGUAAUCAAGCCCCCUGUGAGCAGAGCGGUCGAAGUGAUGAAGAAAUACAAGGCCCUGAGGGAGGAGGAGAACGAGCAAUUGACAAGGAAGUCCUUGCGUUUUCUUGUCAAGAAGGAGAAGCCUGUUCCUCGUCCUGUCACUCCCAGAGUGGAGGAGCCACCAGAGGGGGAUGAGGAGAUAGAGCUUGCAGCCAUCCAGUUGCAGAAACUACUGAGAGGAAGAAGUAUCCAAUACGAGAUGUUUAAGGGCAAGGAAAACCAUCUGGAGCUCAUCCAGGAACUAAGGACUGUAAACGCCCUGCAGAGAGAGGAGCAGGAGCUACAGAAAGCUGACAAAGGGCUCGUAAUGACCCUGAAAAAACAGAGAGAAAAACAUAGACACAAGACCGCUCAAGAGGAGGCGACUCACGCCAGAGUGGUAGGUACAGAGCUUGAACACUUGUUUGACACCUUGUCCAAGGAGCUGAUUCAUCUCCAGGAAGAACGCAGGAUCCAUGCUUUUACACUACUGGCUGAGAGAGACCGUCGCCUACGAGAGGCUGAGGAGAGUGGGAGGAGACAGGUGGAGGAGCGCAGACGCAGAGAAGAAGAUGAGAUCUUCAGACAAGUGGUGCAGGUACACCAGGAAACUGUGGAUUUGUAUUUGGAGGACAUCAUCUUAGGGACCUUGGAGCAGACAGCUGACCAGCAGGCCAGAGAGGAGAUCCGCAGGAAGGCAAAGGAGGUCAACGACAUCGCUUAUGCCAUGGAGGAAAGCCGGAACAAUCUUCAGUCGGAGGAGAUUGUGUCAGAGUUGGUGUACAGUUUCCUUAUCCCAGAGGUCAAGAAGAUCAGCGUCAGACGAAGAGUGCACCAGAGGCAGCAUAGACACUUGCAGGCAGCUCGGAGUAUCAUUCAGGGGACUGCAGAGCAUUCUGGGAUCCUUCCUAGUACUCCGGGGACCUCGCAGUCGACCUGUCCCUCUGAGAGAGCCUCCAACCGAGUCCUUGAGGAGAUGAUCAGCCAAGUGGAGCAGGAGCAAGGGAAGGAAGAAGAGCAGCACCACACUCAAACUGAGUAGAGGACUAAAAAUAUAAGUGUACUGAGAUGCACUCUGAUGUCUAAACUUGUUGUUCACUCCUAUUAGUAAAGUAUAAGUUUCAUAAUCAUCAUUGUGGGUUUAUGGGUUAAUUAUAGCCUUUUGAUUAUUGCUACUUACAUAGGGUCUCAGUAAAACUGCUUCAAAUUGUA